CUUCCUAUCGGGAUUCUGAGCAGAGCCAUCGGCUGUCCAGCCGCGAUAGGGAUAGGUACUCAGAUGACACACCUCUGCCAACCCCAUCCUACAAAUACAUUGAGUGGGCUGAUGACAGAAGACACCUGGGCUCCAUGCCCCGUCUGUCCAGGGGCGGAGGACACCGUGAGGAGGGCGAAGAAGGAAUUUCAUUUGACACAGAAGAGGAACGGCAGCAAUGGGAGGAUGACCAGAGGCAAGCUGACCGGGAUUGGUACAUGAUGGAUGAGGGAUAUGAUGAGUUCCAUAACCCCCUGGCCUGCUCCUCUGAGGACUACGUGAGGCGGCGGGAGCAGCAUCUUCACAAACAGAAGCAGAAGCGCAUUUCGGCCCAGCGGAGACAGAUCAGCGAGAUGACAGCUGCCCAAUGCCUCCUGAGAUAGAAAAUGGCCGCCUACAGCGCGUGGUUCACUAUGAAUAUGAGACCUACUACAAACUGCACACUGAAGGAGACGGUGAGGCCUGGGCAAGUGUCUCCGCACCCGGCCCAGUCCCUGGAGUGGGUGGGGGUGGUGCUGGCCAGAAAGUUCACAUGUCCUUGGGGCCAAGAGACUUAGAUCCUGAUGGGUUUUGUCACAAGUAGCUGUGGCCUUUGGGCAGAUUUACUUUUCUCAGCCUCAAGUCUCCUCCUUUGCCAAGGACAGAUGUUGCCAUGAAGCCUGCCCAUCUCAGAGUAGGCCUACACUUACAGGAGAUGCAGGGUGAUGAGGACAGUGGCCCUUGCCUCGUGAGGACUGCACGCCUGGCACUGUUCUAAGGGCUUUACAUGCUCACUUAGUCUUCUCAACACCCCACUGAAGAGGUGUUAUUAUUCUCAUUUUGUGAUGAGGAAAGCGAGGCACAGAGAGGUUGAGUAACUUGCCCCAGAUCAGGUAGCUUGUAAGGGGGAGAGUCAGGGUUUGAACCUGGAUUCCUGCCCUGGACCAC